GACCAUUGGCAGACCCUUUUUCAGACAGGGGCAACAUUUAAGACACUAGGCAGAGUUUAUUUUUGAGGUCUUCCAGUCACUAAAUGAGGACUCUCAAACUAAGAAACACAAUCCUACACAGCUUCCUGUUUUGUUUUUCUUUUAUUAUAACAAAAUUCAGCCCAUGAAGGCCAUAAUAAGAUGGUGAACCCACUAUAUAAAAAAGUAAUCUAAAAGUGGCGGAAAGGAAAACAUUGGCAAAAUUUCAUACGGUUGAGUCCACUUUAAAAUGAAGAGAUGGCCACCAAGUCGCCUAUUAUCCCGCUGCUUCUUCCAGAAGAUGAGCUACUGUGCGCCAUCUGCCAGACGCUCCUCAGUAAUCCUGUGACUACACCAUGUGGGCACAACUUUUGUAAUUCCUGCAUUAUCAAACACUGGAGAUAUUCCUUGUCUGUUUCCUGCCCCCACUGCCGCACCAAAUUCCCCUCAAAGCCAAACCUAAAGACCAACACCAUCCUCUCUGCUAUAAUGGAGCAUGUUCAGAAGGUGUGGCCAGAGUCUGCGGAUGUCUCAGUUCCAAGAGAAAAAAUGGUCAGCUGUGACAUCUGUGAGGAGGGAAGGAAGCUUUCUGCAGUCAAGACCUGUGUGACAUGCCUGGCAAGCUUUUGCAAUGUGCACGCAACACCCCAUAUGAAUAGCCAAGUUCUAGCCAAACACUGCCUGUGCUCACCAGUUUCAGACAUCACAGAUCUGCUGUGUACGAAGCACAACAAAUUGCUUGAGGUUUACUGCUUGAACCACGGGGCUGCCAUCUGUUGGCAGUGUACAGCAAAGCAUCGCAAGUGUAACACGCUCAGUGGAGGUAAUGAGGACAGACUGGAAGGCUGCAAUCCAGCCGGUUAAAACAGAAGCUCAGGACAGAGAGGAUGCCACCAGUGAACUCUUGGAAGCUUUGGAUAUAAUGUCAGAGGGUGUAACGGAUGCUGCAGAAAAGAUGACUGAAGAUGUUCAGGCCUGCUUUGAAGAGCUGCUGAACACCACUAAACUUGCCCAGAACAGAGCCAUAUCCUUUAUAGAAGACGAGAAGAAGGGAGCUCUGCAAAAAAUAGAACAACAGAAGAAACAGCUGGAUGAUCAUAUGCUUUCCAUAUCACAGAUCAUGGAUAAGCUUAAUGAGUACAGAUGUGAUCACUCCUACAUCAACUUUCUUCUGCCUCUACCAGUACUGCCUCCAGAGCCUGGUCAGCUGCAAGAUGUUCAACUAGAUGGCAAGGCUGUGGAGAUGAUGAUGAUCUUGGAUCUUCAGAAACUUAACAGUAGCCUGGAAUCUGAGCUCAACGACAUGAUGCAGAGAAGAGAGGAAACACGAGACAAAGAUUUGAAAUCAGAUGACUUCAGAGCUGUCAGCGGCCACAGCAAACGACGUGGCAACCUUUUGAAAUAUUCCAGUGGAGUGACCUUUGAUCCAGUCACGGCUAGUGCUUCAGUGCUUCUCGCCGAGGAUGGCCUGACUGUCACAGUGGAGCACAGUGGGCUCCUUACCUGGAAAGACUACCAGGUCAACAAAGAGAUAGGCUUCAGGGUGCUGAGCUCUCAAGAAUUCAGCAGUGGGCAGCAUUACUGGGAGGUUCAGCCACCAGGGGAUGAAGCUAGCAGCUGGGCCGUGGGUGUGACUUACAAAAACAGUCAGGACCGGUACCAGAUCUUGGGCCAAGACAGCAGAUCGUGGUGUGUCAGGUGGCAGAACAACGGGGACAACAAGGAUACUGACAAGAUGGCUAACAAUACUGAAGGAAAAGAUGGGGAAGUAAUGUUACCAAAGUCACUGGCUAAGGAAAGUGCUGUAAAGCACAAGGUGCCCAAUCUGGAAUCAAAGAAAAGCAAACUCAAGGCAUACCUUAAAAAAGAUAAGAGCCAGGAAGGUCUUCCACAGGACAACACAGGAGAAACUCAAGCUGUGGUGGAAGAUGUAGAAGAGGAGGAGAAAGUGUUAGAGCUGACAGAGAACAAAUGUACUUUAACAACUGUGCAUGAGGACAAAAAAAUCCCCAAACAUUCCAGCACUGGAUUUUUUGCCUCCCAUAACCAGGAGAUAAACCUGAUUUCUGAGAAGCCUCCUGGGAAGAUUGGAGUGUUGUUGGACUGUGACCGAGGGUGGCUGUCAUUUUUCUUGGUGUCUGACUUUAAGGUCCAGCUCUGCUGCAGAUUUCAGGCCCUGUUUUCUGAUCCUGUCUGUCCUGCCGUAUGGCUAAGAGAUCCAGAUAGCACAAUGACUAUAAUCAAAGGACUCAAAACAACACUGCAGUAGUGGCAGCUGCAAGGAAAAUAUAUUUCUAAUGCAUCGUUAUUUUUAUAGUAACUACUUACACAUUUUCUUUUAUGAUUGAUGCUUUCCAACAAUAAAUGUGAAGGAAAAAAUCGUUAAUAGAAUUAAGUUUGUCUGAGAUGUGGAGAUGUUAUUCAAAGACAAAGCUUUUUGACACAGUAAAGACAGACGCUUUUGCACUUGUUGACAAACUGCAUGAUUGUUGUAAUCAUAAAAGAACUGAGGGAGCCUACUUAUAUGUGUUACUUACUUACACCUGAAUAAGUACUGUUUAUGAUGUAACUGAGUACUCAUCACAACCACAUACCGCAUACUGACCAGCUUCCCCCUUGGACAAAGCAAAGCAGCAAUCUGCUCAACCUACAGACAUUGUAUGUAUAUGAUGGUAAAUUAAGUUUUAAGUUAUGUUUCAUGUAAGUAAUGAUUGAAUGAUCAAGUGAAGUACAUAAAUGUGAAUCAAUAAGUAAAAGAAGUAAAUGGUGGGUGGGUUUUUUUUUCCAUAUGAAUCAGACAUGGAAUGACUUUGUACACUGCUAAAAUGUACAAUUUACUGAAACACUGAAAGUUAUAGUUCUCACUCUACAUUAUCAUCUAAAUGAUGUCCUUUGCUCAAGGCAUUUUCGCCACCAGUGGUAACAUGUAAGAGAUGUAUGAGAUGGAAAGAUGCAGCUUUAUGUUCUGUUUGCUUUCCUUUGCAUCCUUAUUAAAAUUAGAAUUAUUUAA